AUGAUAGCACGGCAUAACGAAUUGAGGGAGAAAAUUAGACAGUUAACCUCGCUGUAUGAUAUUACAUCGGCUGAAUGCAUCUAUGAGGACCAGGAGCAAGAUCCAACAGGAUCGCUGCGGAUCGGGGACAUACGAUUGGCAACCGGGAAGUUAGAAGACGACCUUGCCCAAGUACAGGACGACCUCCUUGAAAUCAAUCUAGGGACAGAGAAAUCACCUAAGCCUAUAUAUAUCAACGCAGGAUUGGACGAGGGAUUCAGAGAGCAACUGAUCGCCUUACUCAUUGAGUUCCGCGACUGUUUUGCCUGGUCGUACGAGGAAAUGCCGGGCCUUGAUCCUGAUAUCGCCGAACAUAAGCUUCCAUUAAAGAGUGGGUUUCGGCCAUUUCGGCAACCUCCCCGGCGAAUGUCCAGGGAAGUGGAUACUCUCAUACAAGAUGAGAUUAAGCGGCUGGAAGAUGCCAAGUUCAUUCGGGAAGCCCAAUACACCGAAUGGCUCUCCAAUAUCGUGCCAGUGAUGAAGAAAAACGGGAAGCUACGAGUAUGCGUAGACUUUCGGAACCUCAACCUUGCUACACCUAAGGACGAGUACCCGAUGCCUGUGGCCGAUAUGCUGAUAGACAGGGCAGCAGGACACACGAUACUCAGUUUCCUCGAUGCACACUCCGGGUACAACCAAGUUCCGAUCAGCAAGGAAGAUAUCUCCAAAACGGCUUUUAGAUGCCCCGGGCCGAUCGGAGCCUACGAAUGGGUCGUGAUGCCUUUUGGCUUAAAAAACGCAGGGGCAACAUAUCAGAGGGCGAUGAACAAGAUGUUCAGAGGCCUUGAAUGCCUUGAGGUCUACAUCGACGAUGUCGUAAUCAAGUCAAAUACCGGCGAAGUUCAUUUGGCCGAUCUCCGGAAAGGUUUCGAGCGUAUACGACGUAAUGGCUGGAGUGUUUUGCUAAGAGGAAAAGAGACCGACGAGUGGAUAUGGACGGACGAGCAACAGCGGGUUUUCGACGAUUUGAAAGGUUACUUGGCAAAACCUCCUGUUAUGACCCCUCCAAAGCCGAACAAGCCAUUGUUGCUAUACCUAUCGGCUGCACACGAGUCCCUAGGAUGUAUGCUCGCCCAAGAGGACGAUGGGGUCGAAAGAGCAACCGAUAUCAUCAAGUAUAUCUUAUCGAAGCCAUACCUGAGGAAUCGGAUUGGAAAAUGGGCGAUUGCAAUGUCCGAGUUUACACUGGUGUACGUUCCUCAAAGAGCAGUAAAAGGACAAGUGUUGGCAGACUUCUUGGCCGAUCACCCUGGUAUUACCCUCAUGGAAGAGACACCUGGUCGAGUAGACAUCACGUCCUUCGACAUCGCCGUGUGGAAGAUGUGGUUCGACGGAUCCAGGACAAGCCAGGGGGCAGGCGCGGGAGUACACAUCGUUACGCCCUUGGGGGCAUCCUACCAGUUGUCAUUCAGACUCCAAUUUGAAUGUACCAACAAUCAAGCGGAAUAUGAGGCCCUCAUAUUCGGUUUCGAGAUCUUAGCCGAGCUAGGGGCGAAGGCGAUUAGUGUAAAAGGAGAUUCUUUGCUAGUCAUUAAACAAGUGACAGGAGAAUUCAAAUGCGAGUCCGAGCUGUUGGUGAGGUAUUGCAACAAGGCGAAACACCUGAUCGAAGGCUUUCAGGAUACAAGGAUAGAAUACACAGAGAGGGCCGAUAACGGCGUUGCAAACGACCUAGCUCAGCACGGUAGUGGUUACAAGGUAAACCAAGAGUUCGACGCUAUAGAGAGGGAAACACCGAACCUCCACACCGGGGGCAUCACAAUCGACGAAAGACAAUUCUCGGUUUACCAGCUGGACGUCACCCAAGAUUGGAGGGACGAGCUCCUGAAGUGGUUCGAAAAACCAGACGCCACGAAUAGGAGGUUGAGGACUUUAGCCCUUAGUUACGUGGUCUUAGCCGGCGAAUUAUAUAAGAAGGGCUUUGAAGGGAUACUCUUCAGAUGCAUCGGUCCAAAAGAGGCGAUGCUUGCUAUGGCCGAGGUACACGAAGGUAUAGCAGGCGCCCACCAGGCGGGCCCCAGAAUGAGGUGGCUUAUCCAUAAAUACGGCUUUUAUUGGCCGAAAAUGGAACAAGACUGCAUAAGAUAUGCCAAAGGUUGCGAAGCUUGUCAGAAAUUCGGCCCAAUACAACACGUCCCGGCCGAAGACCUGCACUCCAUCAUCAAGCCAUGGCCAUUCAGAGGAUGGGCGGUCGACCUGAUAGGGAAAGUAUACCCCGGCUCGUCUGAUGGUCAUACUUUUGUGAUUAUCGCCACUUGUUACUUCACCAAGUGGGUCGAAGCUAAACCUUUGAAGUCGCCGACACAAGAAGCGAUAAAAAUGUUGCACUCAACACCGUACUACGCCCAGGCCAACGGGCAAGCCGAAGCCACGAACAAAGCCAUCAAGCUCAUAGUUCAAAAGAUGAUUGAAGAAAACCCAAGGCAAUGGCAUGUGCUUUUAUCAGAAGCUGUUUGGGCGAAUAGAACCAGUCAGAAGUCGGCUACUGGGACCUCGCCUUUCAGGCUGGUUUAUGGCUACGAUGCGAUGUUGCCAAUGGAGCUGACCGUCACGUCCACUCGCCGCAGAUACCAGAGCGAAUUGUCCAAAGAGGACUACUUUGACAAAAUGGUGAUAGAUUCUCUCGACCUUGACGAAGAACGUUUGACGGCGUUAGAUCACUUAGAAGCCCAGAAAAGAAGGGUCGAGAGAGCUUACAACAAACGGGUAAAACGAAAAGUUUUUACGGUGGGCGACAUAGUAUGGAAAGCAGUCUUGCCUAUCGGCCAUAAAGACACUCGGCUUGGCAAAUGGAGUCCGAACUGGGAAGGCCCCUUUAUUGUGGUCAACAAGUUAGAAGGCGGUGCUUACUUGCUGGCAAACAUUGAUGGAGAAGAACACGAAAGGGCAAUCAACGGCCAAUUCCUGAAAAAAUACGUCCCUAGCUGUUGGGAGGGCGUAGACCGUCGGUUGUUUGGAGCCACCGAAGAAUAA